CCUUUCGGUGGGAUACGUGGAAACUUUGUUUUGCUUUCGCAUGCAGGUCCCCUUCGCCGAAUUUGCCUGAACAGCUGGAAAGUGUAUUUUUUCGACGAUGAAUGAAGCAGAUAUUCCGAUCGACAUCGCUGCGAGCAAGUUGCUGGAUUGGUUGAUUUCGCGACGAAUCGUUGAUAAAAACUGGCACCUGAAUAUACGCAAUAUUCGCAACAAAAUAAGUAAUGCCAUCACGGAUAUGCCCGCACACGACGAGCUGCUGCAGCUUCUGUCCGGUGCACAUAUCAACUAUUUCCACUGUCUGCGUAUUGUGGAAAUCCUCAAAACGACCGAGGCAGAUUCGAAGAACGUGUUCGGCCGGUACGGUAGCCAGCGGAUGAAGGAGUGGCAAGAAAUCGUGAAGAUGUACGAAAAGGAUAGUCUGUACCUAGCGGAAGCGGCCCAGAUAUUGGUGCGCAACAUUAGCUACGAAAUUCCCGGCAUUCGCAAACAGAUCAAGCAUCUGGAGCAGCUGAGCGAAGAGGCAGAAAAGAAGGUGGAAGAUUUGGAACGUUCCGAGAAGGUGGUACUGGCGGAGUAUCAGAACAUGUGCAAACAUUUGGGCGUUACCGGAGAAAACCUACGCCAGGAGCUGGUGGACAAAGUAUUUAACGAUCUUCCAGGGAUGCUAACCAAGGUUGCCAAUUCGGUGUCGCCACUCAAGAAAACGAUAGAACUGUACGCAUCGUUUGUGACCGAUCCCGAGUGCUUACCGCUGCUGAAGCAUGUACUCGCAAAGGGCAACACUACGGUGUACGAGUACGUUUACGGUGAGCCACCGCUGUCGAUUGAAGAACCGCCGGUAAAGUUCGUUACGGAACAGACAGAUUCGCAGGCGGAUGAUGAUGGAGCGAUCGAUUUCGGAGACGAUGGGGGAGCAAUCGAUUUCGGGGACGGUAAUGCCCUUGACCUGGAUGCACCGAUCGAGCUGGAAGUCGGUGAUAUCGAUUGGGGUGCAGUCGAACCGGCAGCACCAGCAGCAGCGGUCGAUGAUAAUGUGAUCGAUUUCGAUAUUUCCCUCGAAGAGAGUGGCAUAGUGGUGGAAGAGGAUGGCAAUCUAGGUGGCGUUGCUAGGGGAGACGAAGCGUACACCGUACUUGAUGCACAGCAGUACCGCGAUCGGUUCAUAAACGAUCUACUCGAGCUGCAAUCCUUCCUUAAGAUGCGGCUCCAUCAGCUCGGCAGCGCGGACAAAGCACAGAUGCUAUCGUUUACGAUGAUGGAUAACUUUACCGCACACGAUGAAAAGUCGGUGGCGGGUAUGUUGGCCGAGGUGGAGGUCGUUUAUGCCGGAGUGGCAGAUGAGUUGAUGCAGCAUCUACUUCAGAUAAAACAUUCCCCAGUAUACGUGGACAUACUUACGUCAAACGUGAAGCAAAAACUAUCAUCCAUCGAGAAGAUGAAGGAAACGGCUGCGAUGAAGAAGGAAAAAUCGAUCAGCUUUAAGCAGCAAAGUGUGGAGCUAAAGCCAACCAUGACUAAAGUCAUUGAGCAGAUGAAAACGCUUCAGGGACAGAUUGAGAAGGACAUUUCGAAGCGGUACAAAAAUCGUCCCGUCAAUCUUUACGGUACUAAUUUGUAAGCUGGUGGUGGUGGUUUUGUUGACUGAAUUGUCCUCACGAAGGUGUUUAAUAUAUGAGAAUGUGCCUAUUUGGUUACAAACACGUGUUA